UACUGGCUCGUGUUGCAUUCCGGAAUGUUUCCGUGGCGCUUAUGGAAAACUGUAUAAUAAAGAGAAAAAAAAUAAUACAAUCCGGUGUGAAUAAAACAUAAUUCGAUGAGGCUCCGAAGCCUGGAGUCCAGUUUCAACCAGGGAGGUGCAGAAGGUACUCUUAGUAAAGAUGUGUAGGUAGUGCUCUAGGACAUCCAGGGGACGCCAUGUCGGAAGAGGCGAUCUCAGAGAGCGACCUGGAGCAUAGCCUGAAUAGUGAAGAGGAGGAAGAAGAGCAGAUGGGAGAGGAAGGUGACGGAGAGAACGACGCAGCUGACGGCGACGAUGAAGAAGAAGAAGAGGAGGACGAAGAAGCAGAGCACAGUGCAGAGGCCAUGGAGACCGAGGAGGGGGCAUGCCUCUCAAGCCCCACCCAUUCGUCACGUUCAGGGAGCUCCGACCUAUCCUCCAGACCUCAAUCACGGUCCUCAUCAAAGUCCACCUCGCGUCCUUCGAGUCCAUCUGGGUCACAUGGGGCCUCUGUGGCCACAGGCUCCGCCCCCAAGAGGAAGUCAAAGAAGAAAAGCUCCAAACCUGCUAAACCUGCUCACCUGAGGAGAAACAUCAGGAAGCUGCUGGAGGAGCAUCAACUGGAACCAGGAACAAAAGCAGCACAGCAGGAGGAGCUGGAGAGGAGAAAACGCCUGGAGCAGCAGAGGAAGGACUAUCAGUUACCCACUGUGGAACUGCCCUCCUUGGCAACUGUUAUUAAGGGUGAGGUGAUUUGCCUGGACAGCAGCGGAGAUGAGGGAGAUUCCAGAGGUUCUGUACCUCCUCCUAAACCUGCACCCAGAGACGACGUGAUCGAGCUGAGUUCGGGUGACGAGGACACUUUCCAGAUCAGUGAGGAGGAUGACGAGCGCUCAACUUCACCCGGGACAGAGGAGAGCAGCGGCUCGCACAUCAACGAUGCCCUGAACCAGCCGGACGCUCAGGGCAGCGUGCUGGUCAACAUUAACCACCCUGCCGAGGAGCCCGACCUGUUCCUCCCCCCGCAGCUCGCUCGUGUCGUCAAACCUCACCAGAUCGGUGGGAUCCGAUUUCUCUACGAUAACCUGGUGGAGUCUCUGGAGCGCUUUAACACCAGCAGUGGGUUCGGCUGCAUCCUAGCACACAGUAUGGGAUUGGGGAAAACUCUGCAGGUCAUCUCCUUUAUCGACAUCCUGCUCCGACACACAGGAGCCUCGACCGUCCUCGCCAUCGUGCCUGUGAACACUCUGCAGAACUGGUUAGCCGAGUUUAACCUGUGGUUGCCUUCAGCUGAGGCCCUUCCUCCAGACAGCGAUCCGGCACAGGUUUCCCCCAGAACCUUCAGAGUGCACCUCCUGAAUGACGAGCACAAGACGACGGUGACCCGUGCGAAGGUGAUAGAGGAGUGGACGCGUGAUGGCGGCGUGCUGCUGAUGGGGUAUGAAAUGUAUCGCCUCCUCUCUCUGAAGAAGAGCUUCGUCACCGGCCGCAAGAGGAAGUCUAAAAAACCAGUCGGGCCGAUCAUCAUCGACCUGGACGAGGAGGACCGGCAGCAGGAGCUCAUGAAAGACAUCGAGAAGGCGCUCUCUCAGCCCGGGCCGGACGUGGUGAUCUGCGACGAGGGUCACCGAAUAAAGAAUUGUCACGCCAGCACGUCGCAGGCUCUGAAGAACAUCAGGUCUCGGCGGCGUGUGGUGCUGACCGGCUACCCGCUGCAGAACAACCUGAUGGAGUACUGGUGCAUGGUGGACUUCGUGCGGCCCGACUUCCUGGGCACGCGGCAGGAGUUCAGCAACAUGUUCGAGCGACCCAUCCUGAACGGCCAGUGUAUCGACAGCACGCCGCAGGACGUCAGGCUCAUGAGGUACCGCAGCCACGUCCUGCACAGCCUGCUCGAGGGCUUCGUCCAGAGACGCGGUCAUGAUGUGCUCAGCACUCAGCUGCCCAUUAAACAGGAGCACGUGAUCCUGGUGCGUCUCUCUCCUCUCCAGAGGGCGCUUUAUAAAGAGUUUAUGAACCGUUUCCGUGAGGCGGGGAACAGCGGCUGGCUCGGUCUCAAUCCGCUCAAAGCCUUCUGUGUGUGCUGCAAGAUCUGGAAUCAUCCUGACGUUCUGUAUGAAGCUCUGCAGAAGGAGAACCAGGCUAACGAGCAGGACCUGGACCUUGAAGACCUGAACGCCUCCGCGACAUCCCGAUGCACCGCCCCGGGGUUAAAGGGCAAGACCUCUGACUGCUCUGGCACUAAGGGGACACUCGCACCUCUGCAGGAACGAGCCAAUCAGGUCAUCACCUACGAAUGGGCGAAGGACAUAAUGAGCGGAUACCACACCGGCGUCCUGGAGAACUCCGCUAAGAUGGUGUUGCUCUUCCAUCUGAUCGAAGAGAGCGUCAGCAAAGGGGACAAAAUCCUCGUCUUCAGUCAGAGUUUGUCCACAUUGUCGGUGAUUGAGUCCUUCCUGGCUGUUAGAACGAUGCCCAUCAAAAUGGACAACCAGAAGCAGAACUGGCUCCGUGGCAUCAACUAUUACAGGUUGGAUGGCAGCACGUCUGCUUCAGAGAGAGAGAGACUCAUCAACCAGUUUAACGACCCAGCAAACACCACGACCUGGGUCUUCCUCCUGUCCACCAGGGCGGGGUGUUUGGGCGUGAACCUGAUCGGGGCGAAUCGGGUCGUGGUGCUCGACGCUUCGUGGAACCCGUGCCAUGAUGCACAGGCGGUUUGUCGAGUAUAUCGUUAUGGCCAGCACAAACCCUGUUACAUCUACAGACUGGUGUGUGACUUCACCCUGGAGAAGAAGAUCUACGAUCGUCAGGUGUCCAAGCAGGGCAUGUCAGACCGUGUGGUAGAUGACCUGAACCCCGUCCUCACCUUCACCCGUAAGGAGGUGGAGUCUCUGCUGCACUACGUGGAGGAGGAGCCUGAUCCUAGCCAAUCACUGCUGCCUAAAGAUGACAUGGAGUCAGUAAUUAAACAGGCCUGUCUGUGUUAUCCUCACCUCAUCACCAAGCCCCCUUUCCAGCACGAGUCUUUGCUGAUGGACCGCAAGGACCUGAAACUCACCAAAGCAGAGAAGAAAGCCGCUAAGAAGAGUUAUGAGGAUGAGAAGAGGGCAUCUGUACCCUACCAGCGCCCGUCCUACGCCCACUAUUACCCUGCCAACGAGCAGAGCCUCUCUAACAUCAGGAACUGGAGGCCGACGCCGCGGAUGGACGAGAAGCCCAUCGCCAGCGUGAGACCCGUCCAGUCCACGCCCAUUCCCAUGAUGCCUCGCCAGGCUGUUGUGGGUGGCCACGCCUCCGGCCCUGCCUUCCCUGUAAACUACCUGCAGAAGGCCGGUGUCCUCGUUCAGCGUGUCAUUACUACCACUGAUAUCGUGAUUCCCGGCACUAACAGCUCGACAGACGUGCAGGCGAGGAUCAGUGCUGGAGAGAGCAUCCACGUCAUCAAAGGUUCUAAAGGUACAUACAUCAGGACUAAUGAUGGACGGAUCUUUGCCAUUCGUUCUGGAAAACCCAGAGCCAGUGAUGGAGCUUCUGCAGCAACUAGAGAAGUGGGCGGUUCUCUCCUGCGCUCGGUCAGUAACGGCCGCGUGUCUCCUCCGGAGCUGAAGCGCUUUUCUCCGGAUGGCAUGCGCCACGUGUCUCCGUCCUCCAGCCCUAACCUGCUGCACCAGAUCCAUCAUUACACACCCGGCCCUACCAACGAACUCGCGCUCCCCGACCUCACGCCCCGCCCCACCCAGCACGGCCUCUCCUCCGAGCCUCAGCGUAGUGACGUCAUCGGAUCUGGCUCCGCCCUCGACAUCCAGAGUCUGAAGAGGAAACUCCUUUCAGACUCUCGAGGUUCCAAAAGGUCCACCAGCACAACAGCCGCUGCUAAUUUCCCAGCGUUUCCCGUGAGCGGCGGCUACAACAUGGGGUCCAUGGGAUUUCCCCCGGCCCUUCUGGGGGCUUUGGGUCACAUGACACCACCUCUGGUUGGCGGCACAAAUCGAGGUCAAUUUCGGAACGAUUUGCAAAGCAUGUUACCCACUAAUGCUUUAAGCUCCUCCCACGGUUCCUCUUCAUCCACCGCCAUCGCUUCGUCAUCCUCUGCGCCUCCGUCAUCCUCCUCCUCCUCCGCUAUCCCACCGUUCCUCUUUAAUUCCAGCAUGGCGAACAUGCUGUCUGGGUUUUCCAUGCCCUUCACUUCGCCUCUUCUACAGGACUCUCCAAGAAUGUUCUCCAAUUCUCUGUCCUCGUCCUCAUCCGGCUCCACCCCUGCCGCUCCCUCCUUCUUGUCACCCUCUAGCCUGCUGGGGGCGGCGCUGAGUCGACCCGACACGCGCCACACGCUCGCCGAGAACGGUGGGAGUAGCUCUGACGACGAUGUCAUCGAGGUGAUGGGGCAGUGAGCAGCCGCGUCCAAGGGGUGAAAAUGGGUCGAGCUGAACAUUUGAAAUGACGCUAAAUCGAACAGGCCGGCAUUUCUACCACCACGGGACCAUAACACUGCUCUUCCGCUUAAAAAAGAAAGAAGGAAAGAGAGAGAAAGGUCUUAGUCGUAUCUCUGAGACGUGCUGAAGCGCAUCACGCAAACGACUAGUUUAAUAAACUAGCGACCGUUUAACAAACGACGAACCUUAGAGACAUUUCGCUGUUUGCUAGAUCUCGUAGCAUCGUAUAAACAAAGGGAGAAUAUCGUGAAGUCUCAUUUCUUUUAUUUAUGAUUCUGUUGCGUCUGAUCUGUUUUUUUGUAAACUCGGUGGUUCUGGAAAAGAAAAGCGGCGAUCGCGGUGAAGGAAACCGCGACAGUCACAAGAAGCCAUUUUUAUUUUUCAGUCUGGCCUUUUAGUGAUGACUAAAUAGUUCAUAGUAAACGAUUAGGUAAGUGCCGAUUAUCUGGUGUACGAGACGUCGGGUUAUUUAAAACAAUGGUGUUGUACAAAUUUAAAGAAAAUGCGAAAUUUGAGGCAGCGCGACUCGAGUCGUCCUCGGAUAAGUAGCGAUCGCUCGGACUUGUUUUUUUGUUUUUCUUUUGUCUGUCUUUCUUUAGUGAUGUGCUAGUAAACGGUUUAUCUGUCCGUCGUGACCUGAGCGGUUUAUACGGGCACAAAGCCUGACAGAAGCUCACAGAAUGUAACUUGAUGUUAGCCUUCAGAGCCGUGUGGUGGAGGCAGGGAGCCUCGGGUGGGCUUCGGCGUCUCGGUGGGACUCCCGGGGCGGUCCGUUUCUCCCCCCCAUGACACUCCGCAUACGUCGCUUGUGUUGUUACCUCCUGUGCUUUUUUUUUUUUUUUGUGUCUUUAAAUGUGACCAAAGCCUGAAAAUAUUCCAAAAUUCUCUACAAACCUGUCAACCAACCGAUCGUCGUCCGUUCCCCCAGACUCCGCCCACCGUCUGCUGACGCCACGACGACCGUUCUCACCUUCGGGCUCCUAGUUUUUUUGUGUUCAACAUCUCAAUUAAGGCUGAAAUGAUUUGCUUCUUUUCCACUGAUCUCUGAUUUUACCAGAAUUAUUUAUUUAUGAUUUCCUACUUUAUAUUUUUGUACCUUUAAGACCAUGUGACCCCCUUUUUAUGUUUCUGACUCACAUGUUGUUAGGAUUGUGAUUUGUUUUUGUUUUUUUUUGCGUGUGUGUUUUCUGGUGUGUGUUUAUGACCAGUAUCUGUGACUGAACCAGAUGAGAGCUCACACACACACACACACACACACCGUUCAUCAGCUCUUGUAUUUAGCACACAGACCAGGAGAUUAAAAUGACAUUGUAUUUAUUUAAUGUUGUUUUAACAAAAAAAAUAAAUUCAGCAUUUCUUGUUGUA